CAUUUCGCGAGAAGAUAAACACGAAUUGAAAAAAUUUUGUUUAUCUAUUCGAUAAUUUAUUUGUUUUUCAAUUCUUCAAAUAGUUUAUUUAACUUGCUCAGACUUAUACGCAGAAAAUAUAUUCUUAUAUUCAGUUUUUACUUUUUGUUGGAAUUCUAUGUACAUGACGUUAAAAUACUUAAAUAAACUCAUUCACUCAAGACAUUGGUUAACUACGACUAAACAAGUUUUUGUACAAAAGCCGUAUUGUACAAUAGUUGCUAAGAAGAUGGAAUCAAUAAAAACCAUGAAAGAUUUAGGCUAUGGAUUCAAUAUUGAUGGGCAGCUUAGAAAAUUGGAUACAGAUGGCCAACCAGGUGAUGAACCCUUCCAAUUUAAUGUCAGUGACCAGCAUCAGGAGUGCCAGGCGCACUAUGAAAAACUUGGUGAUGCUAUAACAAAUUAUGUGUAUCACAUCCUGGAAACACAGGAGAAACUAAUCAGAUUGCCUGUACCUGAAGGCUCCAGUGAUGGUACAUUCAUAUUUGUAUCUAAAGAUUAUGAUAAGAAAGACACACUGAUGAUUCUUAUAAAUGGUUCAGGGGUUGUAAAAGCUGGCCAAUGGGCAAGAUCACUAAUCAUCAAUGAAAGUUUAGAAAUGGGUACACAAGUUCCUUACAUCAAGAAAGCAUUAUCCAAAGGCUACGGAGUUAUGGUCUUGAAUACAAAUGACAACUACUUGCCUAAUGGAAAAAAAAUAAAGCACAGUGGCACAGCAGAGGAGCAUGCACGCUAUGUGUGGGACACUUAUGUUACAAAAUUAAAGGUUUCAUCAAUAGUAAUAGUUGCUCAUAGUUAUGGAGGGGUUGUGACUCUCACACUGGCAGACCAGUUGAAAGAUGCAUUCAAUGAUCGAGUAAAAGCUAUUGCAUUCACGGACUCUGUGCAUGCAUUCUCAAAUAUUAAAAUAUCAAAGAGUUUUAAAGAGAUUUCAAGGAAUUGGAUAUCAUCUGCUGCACCUUUGGAUACUCCAAUGAAUACACCAGAUUUUGAUUGUGCCAGAGUAUCGGCAGGUCAUCCAAAACAUGAAAUGACUUCUUAUGCAUGUAUAGACUCUGUGUUUAAGUUCUUCGAAGAAAAACUUGGCAAAUGAUUGGUCCUGACUUUAGUUUUGAUGCCUUAUUAAAUCAAACAUACUAAUUAA